AUGGCUCCUGGGAGAGUUUUAGUAAUUGCGGGCUCUGAUAGCUCCGGUGGAGCCGGUCUUGAAGCAGACCAGAAGGUCAUCGCCGCCCAUGACUGCUACGCCAUGACGGCCACGACGGCCCUCACGGCACAAAACACAAAGGGCGUCUAUGACAUUCACUACAUCCCGCCCGAGUUUCUCAGGAAACAAAUCGACGCCGUCAUUGAGGAUGUUGGAGUUGAUGUUGUCAAGACGGGCAUGCUCGGGUCCGCAGAGACGAUCAAAACCAUCGCCGACGCUCUCACUCUUCACAACGUCCCGACCGUCGUUAUUGACCCGGUAAUGAUCGCAACAACCGGCGCCAAGCUCCUACCUUCCGACGCCCUAAACGCCCUGCACGCCCGCCUGCUACCCCUCGCCACCAUCGUCACGCCCAACGUGCCCGAGGCGCUCCUCCUGCUGCGCGACGCCGACACCGGGGUGGACGCUGUGCGCACAAUCAGCGACCUGGAGACUGUCGGCCGCGCGAUACGCAAGCUGGGUCCCAAGUGGGCGCUCGUCAAGGGCGGGCACUGCCCCUUCAAGAAGGACGGCACGGCGGCGGAGACGGAUGCCGAGAGGGAGCUGGUGGUGGAUGUGCUGGUGGGAGAGGAUGUGGAGACCGGGGAGGAGGUGGUGCUGCGGUUGGAGACGGGGUAUUGCGAUUCAAAGCAUACGCAUGGGACGGGGUGUUCUUUGGCUUCGGCGAUUGCGUCGAACCUGGCCAAGGGGAUGGCUAUGCCAGCUGCGGUGAGGGCUGGUUGCAGAUACGUCCAGGCCGGUAUCAGGAGCGCGCCGGGGUUGGGUGGGGGGAAUGGGCCGUUGAAUCACUUCCACUCGGUCUACACCCUGCCCUUUUCUCCGGGUUACUUCAUCGACUAUUUGCUGGAACGACCUGACGUCGCGCCAAUAUGGGACAAGUUCGUUAACCACCCCUUUGUCUUGGCCAUGGGAGACGGAACACUGCCUGUCGAGUCAUUCAAGGGCUACCUGGUGCAAGACUACCUCUAUCUCUCCGCCGCCAUUGUUACCCACAUCUUCAAAGAAAUGGAGCUCCACGUCGGGUACUGUCAGGGCUUCGGUAUCUCUAGGGAAGAGAUGGAGAAGACGGAAGAGAAAGCGGCCUGCACGGCAUACACUAGGUAUGUCCUUGACAUCGGCCAGUCCCAGGACUGGUUGGGUCUCCAGGUCGCCAUUGCACCAUGUCUACUCGGGUACGGCGUGAUCGCCAAGCAGCUGCACGCCGACAAGCGAUCCAAGAGAGAGGGCAACUUGUACUGGACCUGGAUUCAAAAUUACGUAGCCAAUGAUUAUGUCACGGCUGUGAAGACCGGUACCGGUAAGUGGGAAGCCAAGUCAAAGAGAGGAAGGGUAGACGAUCGCUAA